AUGUGUGGUAUUUUUGCUUACCUUAACUACCUUGUCGCCAAAGAUCGAAGAUUUAUCACUAAUACCCUUAUUAGCGGUUUGGCUCGUCUUGAAUACCGUGGUUAUGAUUCCGCAGGUUUAGCAAUCGAUGGAGAUUCUAACGAUGUACUCAUCUACAAACAAGUUGGCAAGGUUGCUGCUGUAAAAAAACUCGUUUCUGAGGCAACUGUUGACUUUGAAAAGGAAUUUGUUAGCCACUGUGGUAUGGCUCAUACUCAAUUGAAAACUGUCCUCGAGAAAAAAGGUUAUAUGUUUGAAUCGGAAACUGAUACUGAAGCCGUUGCCAAACUUGCAAAAUAUUUGUAUGAUUCUCAAAAAUCUAAUGAAAAUCUGAGUUUCACCGCUCUUGUUAAAGGUGUUAUUAAGGAAUUGGAAGGUGCUUUUGCCUUGAUCUUCAAGAGUGUACGUUUCCCUAAUGAAGUUGUUGCUACGCGUCGUGGAUCUCCUUUAUUAGUUGGCGUCAAAACCGAAAAAAAAUUAAAAGUAGACUUUGUCGAUGUAGAAUUUGGUACAGACUCUGCCUUUGCGCCAACCGAGGAAAAAGUAGAUGGAAAUUUAUUAUCCCCUACAGACGGACAUCCUAAACUUAGACGCAGUCAAUCACGCGCCUUCUUAAGCGAAGAUGGUUUACCCCAACCAAUUGAAUACUUCCUUGCAUCCGAUCCCUCUGCUAUCGUUGAACAUACCAAACGCGUACUUUAUCUUGAGGAUGAUGAUAUUGCUCACAUUAGUGACGGAGAACUUCAUAUUCAUCGCCUAAGACGUGACGACGGAAUAUCAGCUGUUCGUUCUAUUCAAACUUUGGAGAUCGAAUUGGCUGAAAUUAUGAAAGGUUCUUUCGAUCACUUUAUGCAAAAGGAAAUUUUUGAACAACCUGAAUCAGUAGUAAACACUAUGCGUGGUCGCGUUAACUUUGAAAGUCAUAAAGUUACCCUAGGUGGUCUUAAAGCAUAUUUAGCAACUAUUCGACGUUGCAGGCGUAUAGUAUUUUGCGCUUGUGGUACAAGUUAUCAUUCUUGCGUUGCUACUCGUGCCAUUUUCGAAGAAUUGACAGAAAUUCCUGUCUCUGUAGAGUUAGCAAGUGAUUUUUUGGACAGAAAGACUCCCAUAUUCAGAGAUGAUGUUUGUGUUUUCGUAUCACAGUCCGGUGAGACGGCAGACACAAUCCUUGCCUUAAGAUAUUGUCUUGAACGUGGAGCUCUUUGUCUUGGUAUUACCAACACUGUCGGUUCAACGAUCUCUCGAGAGACGCAUUGUGGUGUUCACAUCAAUGCGGGUCCGGAAAUUGGAGUCGCUUCAACCAAGGCAUAUACCUCACAAUUUAUUGCUUUGGUCAUGAUGGCUAUUCAAUUGAGCGAGGAUCGUUCAUCCAUGACUCAGCGACGAAAAAGCAUCAUUGAUGAGCUUAAAAAAUUACCCGAAUAUAUUCAAAAUGUUUUAAGUAUUGACAAAGAAUUAAAACAACUUGCCAAAGAUGUACUUUAUAAAGAAAAAAGUCUUUUGAUCAUGGGUCGUGGCUUCCAAAACGCUACAUGUUUAGAAGGCGCGUUAAAGAUCAAAGAAGUUUCAUAUAUGCAUUCCGAGGGUAUCUUAGCUGGUGAACUAAAACACGGUCCUUUGGCCCUUAUUGACGAAAACAUGCCUGUUAUCCUUAUAAUGACUAAAGAUUCUCUGUAUCCAAAAGUACAAAGUGCUCUUCAACAAGUUACGGCUCGUAAGGGUCAACCGAUUAUUAUCUGUAAUGAUGGAGAUGAGGGUAUAUCGAGUCAAUACAAGACAAUCCGUGUUCCACAGACGGUUGAUUGUCUGCAAGGACUUAUUACAAUCAUUCCUUUGCAGAUAUUAUCAUAUCAUUUGGCCGUUCUACAUGGAGUUGACGUUGAUUUCCCACGAAAUUUAGCUAAAUCGAGAGAGAAAGCCAUUAAUGAAUAA